AUGGGAGUAACGGGACUUUGGAAAUUGAUUGAGCCAUGUGGGAAGCCUGUCCCUGUUGAAACGUUGGAAGGAAAAAUUCUGGCGGUUGAUGUCUCCAUUUGGUUGCAUCAAGUGGUUAAAGGUUUUCAGGAUAAUAAGGGAGCGGCUCUUAAUAAUGCUCAUUUGUUGGGUCUAUUUCACCGACUGUGUAAAUUAAUGUAUUAUCGUGUUAAGCCGGUAUUUGUUUUCGAUGGUUGUGUUCCACAACUAAAGCGUGAUACUAUUGCUCGUCGACAACAACAACGCAGUAAACUAAGCAACGAAGCAGAUCGUAUUGAGAAUUUAUUACUUCAGUCCUUAGCGAAAGAAAAGGUUGUAAUUCAGGCAUUAGGUCCAAAUGCAGAGCUACUUUUCACAUCUCCUUCAAAGAAAAAGGUACAAAACAAGGAUGAUUCUAUAGAUGAUAUGUUUAAAUUACCCGAACUUCCUGAAAGUUCUAAGAAGCGUGAAAAUGCCGAAGAUGACAGUUUAGAAGACUCCUUUACUGACUCUUAUACCACAGAAGAUUACACAAAUACAUCUGCCGAGGAUAGUUCAUUUGAUGAAUCAAAUCCACGUAUUUCUUACAAUUCCAACCUCCUGGCUAUAGAUGUCCGAAGUAAUAAUUUUAAGCAGUUGCCAGCUGAUGUUAGACAUGACAUUUUAGUAGACAUCAAGGAAACUCGUAAGCAGUCCUCAUGGGGUCGCUUACAUGAACUACCAUCUCGCAGUGAUGACUUCAGUUCAUUUCAAAUGAAGCGUCUAUUGAAACGCAGAGAUGUACAGGUCUGUCUUGAAGAGGCGGAAAAAGAAAUGGGAAAUGAAAAUGCCCUGUCAUUCACAGAACUGACUAACAUGUUCGCAGAAGAAGGGAUUUUGGAAUCUGAGACGAUACAAAAAGCCACCAAACAGAUAUCGUCAAGUGAACACACUCGAUUUCUGUUAGUUAGAGAUUUAAAAAAGAAGACAAAACAGGAGGAUAUAAAAGAGGAAAAGGCUGACGGUAGUGGUGUCGACCAGAAAUGUGAAACAAAACAAGAAUCGAUGGAUGAUGAUAAUUCACCGAGCACUUCUAAAGUUUGCAGUAAAUCUGAAUUAUUAGAAAAUACUAAAAAGUUAGGUAGUGAAUAUGAUGCUGAUUUGGAAUUGGCAAUUGCUCUUUCACUACAGGAUAACGAUGACAGAGUGUACGAUGAAAAAGAUUAUGAUUAUGAUUCCGACGAGGUAAUAAAACUAAAUAAAGACCAGCGUAAACAAUUGCAAAAUGCAGCAAAAGGUCCAGCACGUUCAUAUAUGAUUGAGUAUGCUGGCAUGAACAAAGAAGAAGUACAGGGUAUAUUGGAAAAAACUCAAGUAAAUGAAAAUGGCGAUGAAACUCUGGACAUUGAUCGUCUGAUAGAUGGUGAUAAAACUGAAGAAAUGUAAGUUGUCUUUGAUAAAAUAUUGUAUCAAUUGACUUAUGAAGUUCGUGAGAAUUGUUUUAACAAUUAUGUUGAUGAUUCAGAUUCGACAGAUUCCGAUUUAGAGGAAGUCGAAGAUCUGGAAAACAAGCCAUCUCUUUCAAUAACAGUUGACUUAACAAAAGGAAUAUCAAAAGAGAAUGACAUUUUUGCAGAUGUUUUUAAAAAUGAUGAAUGCGUGAUUCCAGAGACACCCGAAUGUCCAACAGUUUCUGUAAAGGAAGAAGAAGAACAUGUUAAAAGUAAAAAUCUCGAUAGUUCAUCGUUGGAUACAAAACCAAGACCUAUUAAACCUUUACCAAAAUGUAGUUCUGAUUUAGCAAGUGUUAAUAUUCCUGGCACAGAUCUUAUUAAAACAUCUGUGAUGCAUGAUGGUGGUGUCAGGGAAGAUGAUGAUGAAUGUAUAAUACCAGAGACUCCACCAGUUAUUAAAAAUGAAAACGAUAGCAUUGUAGAAUCGAAGAAAAAUCUCCCGCAGCCUAAACUAUGUAAAAAAGAAGAAAUUCUUUCAAUUCUUAAUAACUUGAAACAACAAGCCGAAGAAAUUAAAAAUAUAAAUUUAGAUACAAUUAAAUUAAGCGAUUCUGUUAUUGAGUUAUCUGAUGAUGAGCAUAUGCAUAUAAAACCAGAGGUAAUUGAAAUAUGUGACAGUGAUGAUAAUCAGAGUGCCAGUAAAUCACCCAGGAUGCAUACACCAUCAAAAAGUCAUGCAAUAACGGAAUUUUUCAAUGUUGAUUAUGUAGUUAAACGAACGCCCGAUAAACCCAUAACAAAGGAAGAGAAAGAAAUAACACCUAAAGUCAAAUCUCCUUUCUUUGUAAGAAAAACACCGAAAUCUGGUAGCCGUAGUGCAAAUAACUCACCAUCGCCAUCAAGUAAAAAAAUGUCAAAAGCCAGUAAAUCUUUAUUUGAGCAAACCUCAGAGGACAAUAGUAUUGAUGGCGUCAAACCCAUAGAAAAUACCAUUGCUCGAAACGAGAACAUUAUCAAGGAAGCUGCCGAAGUAUUAAAAUCGAAGAAAACGACAGAAGAAUUAAAUGAUAUUGCUGCGAGCUUGGCAAGAGAUAGACGUGAGCUCGAGAAUGAACGAAAUCGUCAAGAUCGUAUGAGUAUGUCUAUAACACAACGUAUGAACUCCGAUUGCCAGGAGCUGCUUAGACUCUUUGGUGUUCCGUACAUUAUUGCACCAAUGGAAGCUGAAGCCCAAUGUGCAUUUCUUGACUUGGUCGAGUUAACUAAUGGCACAAUCACAGAUGAUAGUGAUAUAUGGUUAUUUGGUGGUCGUACUGUCUAUAAGAAUUUCUUUGAUCAAAAGAAACAUGUUUUGGAAUUUCGUUCAGAGCAAAUAGAGAAACAUUUUAACUGUGAUCGUCAAAAAUUAAUACAAUUGGCAUGCCUUGUUGGAAGUGAUUAUACAACAGGAAUACACGGUAUUGGCGCUGUUACUGCUCUCGAAAUUUUGGCUUCGUUCGCCUCAAAAGAUAAAUACGAUAGCAGCUCAGACUCCAAAUUAUCGGCAGCUCAAAAUAUUUUAAACACUUUACAAAAAUUUCGUUCUUGGUGGCAAUCAGUGAAAACAUCAGCAGCCCCACCGGGUAGUUCUACGAGAGCAGCUUUACAGAAAAAACUAAAAAACAUUGACAUUCACGAAGGUUUUCCAAAUAGUGCUGUGGUCGAAGCGUAUCUCUCGCCCAAAGUCGAUGAAAAUAAAGAACCAUUGUCGUGGGGCUAUCCAGAUGUAGAGUCAUUGCGUGAAUUUGCUCGGAAAACAUUUGGUUGGACUACAAACAAAACAAAUGAUAUUCUAAUGCCCGUAAUGAAGAAACUCGAUGAAAAGCGAACGCAACAAUCCAUUCGCAAUUAUUUCAAUGUGAAGGCGUCACCUAGCGUAAGACAACUAAAGGUUAGCAAAAGAAUACAAAAUGCCAUAAAUAAAAUGACUGGAGUAGACGAUUCCGAUGACGCUGCUGAAAAACCAACAAAACCAAAACGACCAAGACAAUCCAAUAAGCCUGCCACCAGACGGAAAACACCAUCUGAAGAAAUAUCAAAUAUCACAGAAGCUAGUAAUGAUGUGAGCUUAACCGUGGAGCCGGGUAGUAGCACACAAAUAGCCAAAGGACCCCUCAAAAAACCAACCAAACGUCCAAACAUAUCGUAUUCAAAGGAAGUUAUACCUCAACGGGAAAAGACACUAGAACAAUUAGAGGAAAAGAAAAGAAUAGCUGCAGAAAUAUUGAAAAAAUCUGCCAAAGAUGUUAAAAAGAAACGCAAAGCAUGA